GUCUGUAGAGCUGAAUGAACAGAAGAAGUAGUCUGACGCUUGUACCUCCAGCAUGGCAACGAGUUUCCCGUGGGUUUUAAUGAGACUUUAAUCUUUUAGUGGGAAAACACAACCUGCACAAACAGCGAACACAACACAGAGCCCAUAAAACUCCACUGCUCAGGACACCAUGGAGAACUUGUCUCAGUUAAAGAUCGGCUUCAUUGGUGCUGGAAACAUGGCUUUUGCUAUAUCACAAGGCAUUCUUAAAUCAGGUGAUAUUCCCCCAUCAAGUGUGAUUGUAAGUGCUCCAUCCAAAAACAACUUUGCUCGAUUCCAGGCUAUGGGAGUUGCAGUAACACAUUCAAAUGAGGAAGUGGUGGAUUUCUCAUGUUUGGUUUUCCUGGCAGUCAAACCGCACCUCCUCCCUACAGUCAUAAAUGGCAUCUCAGAGCACAUCACCCCACAACACAUCAUCGUCUCAAUGGCAGCUGGUAUCACCCUGGCAACCCUUGAGGAGCUGCUGCCAGGAGGAUCACGUGUGAUGCGUUUGAUGCCAAACCUUCCCUGCAUGCUCCAGGAAGGAGCCCUUCUGCUGGCUUGUGGAACAGGGGCUAGUCAGGAAGUGGGGGCUCUGCUCAAGACCCUCCUCUGUUCCUGUGGACUGGUGGAGGUGGGGCCUGAGACCUGGAUCGAUGCCCACACAGGUCUGAGUGGCAGCGGCGUGGCUUUUGUGUACGUGUUUGCUGAGGCCCUUGCCGAUGGAGCUGUUAAAAUGGGAAUGCCAAAUACAUUAGCUCAGCGUAUUGCAGCUCAGACAAUACUAGGUGCAGGUCGGCUGUUGCGAGAUGGAGGGAAGCACCCAGCUCAGCUAAGGGCAGAGGUGUGUACUCCUGGAGGGACCACAAUACAUGGACUUCACGCAUUGGAAAAGGGUGGGCUCAGGGCAGCCACCAUGGGAGCCGUGGAGGCUGCUACUCUAAGAGCAAGUCAACUUGGGCGCAAGUAGAGGAUAUGCAAACCUGAAAAAAGAAAAGUCUGUGGAUAGUUGUGAAACUAGUUACUAAAGAAAGGAGGAAGUGGAAGAACAUAGUUACAGAGUGAGAGAAAUAUUAAAGGAAAUGUUGAUAAAUCAACAGUGGAUUAAGGAUAUGGUAUUAUGUUUUUUAAACUGCAAUAGAAAAAAACAGCACUGUCUCACACAUUCAUAAACACACAAGCAAAUUAGUAGGCUGAAGAUCACAUGUGUAUUAUGAUUCACCAGGUGUCAGCAUUCCUAUAUAAUUUUUGUUUGUUUAUGAAAAACAUGCUUUUGUAAUAGGGUUGCCCAAAUGUUCCAUUUUUAGAGGGAUAAAUUAAUUUAACAUUAAAUUAAUGCCAUUGGUGGAACAAAAACAUGAUGUGGUUAUGCUAAAAAAAAAAAAAAACAAUAAAA